UAGUCGGACGCGCGGAGUUACCACAGCACUUGAACGCAGCAUUGUGCCGGAACACAGCACAGACGGCAAAGCGGCGUCGGGUUGACAGCAUCGCCGCGCUCCUCUUCCUGGAUAUAAAGUUGGAGGGGUAUGGUGACCGCCAGUGUCACUGAGGGAAGCCACGGAGGAGGCAAGACUCGCAGCUGCCUCUUUGACAGCUGCAGGAGGAACGACACAAGCUCUGCUCAUGUUUAGGCGGGGUUAUUAUGGAGACGCCGGGGAGGAUAACUACCACACCGGAUGCUGUGGACUUCACGGUGGAUAACGUGGAAAAGGCCCUUCACCAGUUGUAUUAUGAUCCGAACAUUGACAACAAGAACCUGGCCCAGAAGUGGCUUAUGCAGGCCCAGGUGUCUCCUCAGGCGUGGCAGUUCUGCUGGGCUCUGCUCAGCCCAGACAAGGUGCCGGAGAUCCAGUAUUUUGGCGCGAGCGCACUUCACACCAAGAUCUCCCGCUACUGGUCGGACAUCCCCAGCGACCAGUACGAGUCUCUGAAGAGCCAGCUGUUCUCUCAGAUCGCCUGCUUCUCCUCGGGCUCUAAGAUGGUGCUCACGCGGCUCUGCGUGGCCCUGGCCUCGCUGGCGCUCAACACCAUGCCCGAGGCCUGGCCGGGCGCCGUGGCGGAGAUGGUGCGGGUGUUCCAGGAGGAGGGCGGCGGGGUGGACGGGCGGGCGCGCUGCCUGGCGCUGCUGGAGCUGCUCACCGUCCUUCCUGAGGAGUUCCAGACAAGCCGCUUGCCGCAGUACCGAAAGGGGCUGGUCCGUGGCGCCCUGGGGCAGGAGUGGGGGUCGGUGUGUCCCUUACUGCAGCAACUGCUGCGAAGGUCGGACAGCCCCGGAGCGGUGAAAGCCCGCGUGUUGCGCUGCCUGUCCUCCUGGGUGCUGCUGGACGUGCCCCUCAGCGAGAGCGAGGGCCUGGUGCACGACUGCUUCAGCGCCCUGCCCGACCCCGAGCUCUUCGACACCGCCGUGGAGGCGUUGGUCAACACCAUCUCUCAGCCCGACUCCCAAAGAUACGUGAACACUCUGCUCAAGCUGGUUCCUCCGGUGCUGGCUCUCCAGGACCAGCUACGAGAGGCCGUCCAGAACGGGGACAUGGAGACGUGUCACGGUAUCUGCCGUAUCGCCGUCACGCUGGGAGAGAACCACUCCAGGACCCUUCUGGAGCAGGUGGACCACUGGCAGAGUGUCCUGGCUCUGGUCAACAUGAUCAUGUUUUGCACAGGCAUCCCCGGCCACUAUCCAGUCAAUGAGACCACCAGCUCCCUCACACUCACCUUUUGGUAUACACUCCAGGAUGAAAUCAUGUCAUUUGAGUCGGACAAGCAAGCGGUGUACCUCCAAGUCUACAGGCCGGUGUAUUUCCAGCUGGUGGACGUCCUGCUCCACAAAGCACAAUUCCCCUCCGACCAAGAGUACGCGUCCUGGUCGUCGGAUGAAAAAGAGCAGUUCCGCAUCUACAGGGUGGAUAUCUCCGACACACUCAUGUACGUGUACGAGAUGCUGGGUGCCGAGCUGCUGAGUAAUCUGUAUGACAAACUGGGACGACUGUUGACUAACACGGAGCAGCCCACGUCGUGGCAGCACACGGAAGCGUUGCUGUAUGGCUUCCAGUCCAUAGCAGAGACGAUAGACGUCAACUACUCCGACGUCAUCCCGGGCCUCAUAGGUAUCAUCCCCAGGAUCAGCAUCAACAACGUCCAGCUGGCGGACACCGUGAUGUUCACUAUAGGUGCUCUGGCUGAGUGGUUGGCGGACCACCCGGUGAUGCUCAGCAGUGUUCUGCCCCUCGUGCUGCAAGCUCUCGGCAACCCGGACCUUUCUAUUUCCUCCGUUUCGACGCUGAAGAAGAUCUGCAGGGAAUGCAAAUGUGACCUGCCACCUUACGCGACCAACAUAGUCGCCGUAUCUCAGGAGGUUCUUAUAAAGCAGAUUCACAAGACGAGUCAGUGCAUGUGGCUGAUGCAGGCGCUGGGCUUCCUGCUCUCGGCGCUGCCCGUAGAGGAAAUCCUUCGAAACCUUCACUCUCUCAUCACCCCUUACAUCCAGCAACUGGAGAAAUUAGCGGAGGAGACGCCUAAUCCGUCCAAUAAAUUAGCUAUCAUCCACAUCUUGGGGCUCCUUUCCAACUUGUUCACCACGCUGGACAUCAGCAAGCAGGAUGACCAAUCAGCAGAUGGCUCCGUCGUUCCUGUGAAAACAGCACCUCCACCACCUGGACCCAACCCAGUUGUGGUGGUUUUGCAGCAAGUGUUUGCCCUCAUACAGAAGGUCCUCAGCAAGUGGUUGAAUGACUCGCAGGUCGUCGAGGCGGUGUGCGCCAUCUUCGAGAAGUCAGUGAAGACGCUGCUGCACGAUUUCGCCCCCAUGGUCUCUCAACUCAGCGAAAUGCUCGGACAGAUGUACAGUACCAUUCCUCAAGCUUCUGCCCUCGACCUCACGCGACAGAUGGUACAUAUCUUUGCCAGCCAGACGGACCACUUCCCACCCAUCAAGUCUCUGUUUGAGCUCGUUACCUCGGUAACGUUGUCCAUCUUCCAGCAAGGACCCAGGGAUCAUCCUGAUAUUGUUGAUUCAUUUAUGCAACUCCAAGCUCAGGCCCUCAAACGGAAGCCUGAUUUGUACUUGUCUGAGAGUCUUGACGUGAAAGCGGUCUUCCACUGCGGCGUCCUAUCGCUGAAAUUUCCAGAGGCUCCGACCGUCAAGUCGACGUGUCUGUUCUUUACUGAGCUGCUGCCCCACUGCUCAGACGUGCCUCCGGUUGCCGGGGUGGUGCAGGAGGACGGCAAGCUGUUGCUGCAGGCCCUGCUGGAGGGGAUUGGGGGCGGGGCUUCUCGGUGCCUGAUGGACCAGUUCGCAGAGGUGCUGUUCAGCCUGAACAAGCACUGCUUCUCACUGCUCACCAUGUGGCUGAAGGUCACGCUGCAAGCGCCGGGCUUCCCCUCGUCGCGGGUCACGACGGAACAGAAGGCCAACUUCUCCCAGCACAUACUCAGAGAACGAGUGAACAAGAGGAGGGUGAAGGACAUUGUGAAGGAGUUCACACUGCUGUGCAGGGGCUUGCACGGCACAGAAUACGCCGCCGAGUACUGACCAGCGGACACGUUGACCCCCCCUCAUCGAAACCGGGACCUCCUCCCUCAGCGCCGGACGCCACCACGAGACAAACUCCAAAACAGCGAAGAGAUCAUGAUUGUAACGAGCGCUGCAGAACACAACAGGACGAGACAGAACCACCCAGCCGGGUCCCAACACGAACGCCCUGCUGGCUAUAGGGAUGCUGAACGUGGAAGCAUGCUGCCUCUCUAGAUUUGUCCUCGUCUGCCUUCUCUAGAUCUUCUCGUGGCUCCUCGGUCGUUUGCCGGUGAUUAGAAUCCGUGUGACAUGAUAGCGGUAUCGUACGUAGCGACUAGACAUUCUUAUUCAGGAUGAAACAUGCAAUAUAUAUAAAUAUAUAUCCGCGCAUCGUGAGGGACGGAGGUGCUGCUGCUAUUGGGGAAAAGGAAAAAACACUAUCACCGUAAUAUUUACUUGUGGUUAUCUGCUUUUUUGCCAAACGAUCACAGUUUUGUGUGAUUGUCCUAUUUUGUUUGCAUAUAUGAGCGGGAAACAAAGUCUGCAAGGAUAGGUUUUAAAUGAAGGGAAUUCCCACAAGGCGACGGCCCGCCGCUCACUCCAAUCGUGCAAAAAUUAAUCCAAUUGUGCAUAUUAUUUGUCACGUGGCUGUGUACGGUACAAGCCAAAAGUUUGGACACGAUGCGUUUUUUUGUUUUUUUUUCAUGACUAUUUACAUUAUAGAUUGUCACUGAAGGCUUCAACACUAUGAAAGAGCACGUGGAGUAACGUAUUUAACAAAAAAAAAGGUGAAACGGUUGGUAGAGCGGCCGUGUCAGCAACUCGAGGGUUCCUAGUCACUGCUAUUGUGUCCUUGGGCAAGACACUUUACACACCUGCACUGGUUUGAAUGUAAAUUAGAUAUUGGGUUUUCACUAUGUAAAGCGCUUUGAGUCACUAGAGAAAAGGGCUAUAAAAAUAUAAUUUACCAAAUAACUGAAAACAUGUUUUAUAGGGGCGUGGGGAAAAAAUCAAUUCGAAUUUGAAUCGCGAUACUCACGUUGUGCGAUUCAGAAACGAUUCUCAUUUUUAAAAAAUCGAUUUUUUUUUUUUUAAUCAAUGCAACAAAACAAUAACACAGCAAUACCAUAACAGUGCAAUCCAAUUCCAAAACCCAGCAACACUCAGAACUGCAAUAAACAGAGCAAUUGAGAGGAGACACAAACACGACACAGAACAAACCAAAAGUAGUGAAACAAAAAUGAAUAUUAUCAACAACAGUAUCAAUAUGAGUUAUAAUUUCAGCAUAGCAGUGAUUAAAAAUCCCUCAUUGACUUUAUCGAUGGACAUUUAUAAAAAAAAGAAAAAACAACAAUAGUGUCACAGUGGCUUACACUUGCAUUGCAUCUCAUAAGCUUGACAACACACUGUGUCCAAUGUUUUCACAAUAUUUUCGUUUAAUAGUUAAAACAAAUUUACAUUAUUGCAAUCAGUUGAUAAAACAUUGUCCUUUACAAUUAUAAAAUAUUUUAAAAAAAUCUACUUCUCUGCUUGCAUGUCAGCAGACUGGGGUGGAUCCUGCUGAAAUCCUAUGUAUUGAAGGAAUGCAGAAUCCUUUUAAAUCGGUAAAAAAUAUUUUUUUAAUCGAGAACCGUGUUGAAUUAAAAAAGAAAUCGAUUUUGAAUCGAAUCGUGACCCCAAGAAUCGAAUCGUGGGACACCCAAAGAUUUGCAGCCCUAAUGUUUUAUAUUUUAGUUUCUUCAAAAUAGCCACCCUUUGCUCGGAUUACUGCUUUGCACACUCUUGGCAUUCUUAAUGAAUGAAUGAAAUAAGUUUAUUUCAGUCAUUUAAUCAAUCAACCAUUUUGUGUGAUCAGUUUAGCUGCUCAGGUUAUACAUAUCAACAAUCAUACACAUACGCACACAAAAGAAAAGAAAAGGAUUGACCGAGGAAGGAAUAGGCUGAAGCCAAAGCUUAUAUUUGCCUAUGUGAAGUGAAGUAUAUUUAUAUAGCGCUUUUCUCUAGUGACUCAAAGCACUUUUACCUAGUGGAACCCAAUAUCUAAGUUACAUUUAAACCAGUGUGGGUGGCACUGGGAGCGGGUGGGUAAAGUGUCUUGCCCAAGGACACAACGGCAGUGACUAGGAUGGCGGAAGCCGGAAUUGAACCUGCAACCCUCAAGUUGCUGGCAUGGCCACUCUACCAACCGAACUAUACUGUCCCUAUCCUAUACCUUCACUGAAAAUUAGAUUGCCUGGAACAUCAACGUUAAAAAAAAAUCAAUGGGAUGAAAGUAUACAUCCAUCCAUUUUCUACCGCUCAUUCCCUUUGGGGUCGCGGGGGGCGCCGGAGCCUAUCUCAGCUACAGUCGGGCAGAAGGCGGAGUACACCCUGGACAAGUCGCCACCUCAUCACAGGGUCAACAUAGAUAGACAGACAACAUUCACACACUAGGGACCAUUUAGUGUUGCCAAUCAACCUAUCCCCAGGUGCAUGUCUUUGGAGGUGGGAGGAAGCCGGAGUACCCGGAAGGAACCCACGCAGUCACGAGAAGAACAUGCCAUCUCCACACAGAAAGAUCCCGAGCCCGGGAUUGAACCCAGGACUACUCAGGACCUUGGUAUUGUGAGGCACAUGCACUAACCCUUCUUUCACCGUGCUGCCCAGGGAUGGACGUAAGUGUUACUAUAUUUUAUAAUUUCCAAUUUUCUCACCUUUCAAGGUUUUCUUAAACCUUAACAAAGAACCACAUUUCUUCAACUCAUCACUGAGCUUGGAGCUUGAUUCUCUCCAUGAGCUUGAAGCACACCUGUGAGGUGACUACCUCUUGAAUCAUGGUAAAUGGUACUAAAUAUUAUGUCUGGGAAUCGAUUUGAUUCUUGGGGUGACAAAUUGACUCAGAAUCGAUUCUCGAUUCGAAAUCAAUACUUUUUAAAAACAUUGGGUGCCAGUUCUGCGAUUAACUACAUUGCCACCAUUUUGUUCCGAUUACUUUUUCGCACACUCUUGGCAUUCUCUCCAUGAGCUUCAAGAGGAGGUCCAUUGAAAUGGUUCUGCGUUCACAGGCGUGCGGAGAGGAUGCCAAGAGUGUGCCAAGCAGUAAAUAAGAUAAAGCACACCUGUGAAGUGAAAACCAUUUCAGGUGACUACCUCUCGAAGCUCAUCCAGAAAAUGCCAAGAGUGUGCAAAGCAGUAAUCAGAGCAAAGGGUGGCUAUUUUGAAGUAACUAGAAUAUAAAACAUGUUUUCAGUUGUUACACCUUUUUUUUAUUAAAUACAUCAGUGUUUUUCAACCUUUUCUGAGCCGAGGCACACUUUUUAACUGAAAAAAUUCUGAGGCACGCCACCAGCUGAAAACAUUAAAAAAAUGAAACUCAGCAGCUGAUAUUGACAGUAAAAAGUCGUUCUCUCAAUUGUUUGAUGUGAAUUCAAACCAUAACUGACCAUGCAUCACUAUAGCUCGUCUCAAAGUAGGUGUACUGUCACAUCAUUUUGAGUUUUUUGGUGUUUUCGUGUGUGUAGUGUUUGAGUUUUUAUCUCGCGUUCCUAUUUUGUUGUUAAUUGUCAUGUCAUUUACGGACGUACUUUGUGUACGCCGUCUGCUCCACACGCUGUAAGUCUUUGCUGUCGUCCAGCAUUCUGUUUUUGUGUACUUUACAGCCAGUUUAGUUUUAGUUUUGCAUAACCUUCCCUAAGCUUCAAUGCCUUUUUUUUUAGCGGCACUCGCCUUUAGUUUAUUUUUAGUUUAAGCAUUAGACACCUUUUUACCUGCAAACCAUUGUCGUCGUUCCCGACCUCUACAAAGCAAUUAGCUCCCUGCUGCCACCCAGUGAUAUGGAAGAGUAUGACACAGUUAUUCUGCGGAGCUCUAGACACACAGACACUAAAUGUCGUCACAUUUAUGGAUUAUAUUUUCUGGUUUGCAAAAAAUAUUUUUAACCCAAUUAAGUGAGAUUAGAUCAUCUCCCACGGCACACCAGACCGUAUCUCGCGGCACAGUGGUUGAAAAACACUGCAGUACAUAACUCCACGUGUUCAUUCAGAGUUUUGAUGCCUUCAGUGACAAUCCACAAUGUAAAUAGUCAUGAAAAAAAACAUUGAAUGAGGAGAAAUUGUGUCCAAAAUUUUGGCCUGUACCUGAUUGUGUGUGUGUGUGUGUGUGUGGGUGUGUAUGCACGGACGCAUCUUUAGCCUGAGUCAUUCAGUGCACUUAUAUCGGACCUAACGUACGUGAGCAUAACCUCCUCCGAUCCUCAGAGACCCGCUUCUCACGCAGUCACCGUCAAGGACCAGACGUUUGCCGCUGACCUUUUCCUCGCCACCCAACACCCGAGUCGUCAGGAUUGCUCACAAUGCAAAGCUUUCCACACCCGCAAAAAAAAAAAAAAGCAGCAGCUGAUAGGCCAAGGGGUAGGGAACCUAUGGCUCGUGAGCCAGAUGUGGCUCUUUUAAUGACUGCAAUCGACUCUCAGCUAAAUCUGAGCUGACAUUGCUUGACACGAUAAGUAAUGAAUAAUUCCACUUGUAAUCACAGUGUUAAAAAUAAUGUUCAAAAUAUAAAACAUUCUCGUGCAUUUUUAGUCCAUCCAUCCGUUUUUUACCGCACCUGUUCAAGAAGAAGUUAUUUAUUUAUUAUUGGUAAGUGUGGGGCUUGCCCUCCUGGGGGUUCUCCAGACCACCAAGCACCGACAAGAGAGCCUGUUUCAGGGUUAGAAUAUUGUUUUAUUUUUCAAUAAGUCUUUCAGUUGCUGUCCAGCAAUUGUCUUUUUCUCUUUCGUUCUCGCUCGCACUCCUGGCUGCUGCUUAUACCAGAGCCACAGGUGAUUAGAUAACAAGGCCCAGGUGGGCCGUCUAAGCACCUGUCGCUGAUUUUGAGGCUGGUCCUGGCACACCCCUCUUCGCUGCAGGCCACGCCCCCUCCACAGUUAGCUUCAGAAUAACAAUGUUAUUGCAAAGAAUAAGAGACCUAUUGUACUCUAGAAAUGUCGGUCUUACUUAAAAAUGCACGCGUUUUGUUGUGUUCAGUGUUAAAAAAAAUAUUAUAUGGCUCCUACGGAAAUACAUUUUAAAAUAUUUGACUUCUUGGCUCCUGCGAUGAGGUGGCAACUUGUCCAGGGUGUACCCCGCCUUCCGCCCGAUUGUAGCCGAGAUAGGCACCAGCGCCCCUCGCGACCCAAAAGGGAAUAAGCGGUAGAAAAAUGGAUGGAUGGACUUGGCUAUCUCAGCCAAAAAGGUUCCCGACCCCUGUGAUUGGACACCAAUGGACCCCGCAUGUAUUGCCUUGUUACACAGCGUUGUGGAGUGCCCUCCCCACGCAGGCAGGAACCAUUCUUCCCCGGAUGCCGUCAGUGUUUAAAGGCAUGCCAAAAUCUCAGGAGACUCCUUGAAGGUAACGAUCGCAAUUCACACACAGUAUCCGAUUUGCAUAACGCCAUGUCACGCUGUUAGAAAUGCACACCGAUACAUUCCCCCGCAUCGUUGUGUAAAAGGCACCGGUGAAUAUUUUGCCGGACCGUUGCGUGAAAAGGCUUCAGUCACUGCCACUUAAGCCAAAUAAAAAAUACUCAAUUGUGUCGUCCAAAUAAACAGCAACGGGGUGGAAAUAUUCCGGCUUUCACAGAGGCGAUCCAUGACUCUCAGCGUCCUAAAGAUUGUUGUUUGUGUUCUCUCACGUAAACUCUGAUCCUGCUGUCUUACCCGAGGUGCCUGCAGACAUGUAGCAUGUGUGUGUUAGUCGGGGGGGGGGGGCAAACAUUUGAUCUUAUAUUUGGACCGGACAAGAAGAAAAAAAAAAGUCAGGAUUUGAACUGUGACAGACUGGAUGAUCAUGUAAGUUUGUUAAAAGUAGGAUAGUGGGGAGUUAUGACAUGUACAUUGUUUUUUGUACCUUGGCUUUAAUUUAUUAAAUAUAUCUUAAUACUGCAA